UCAAUAUCGAUUGCAACGUUUUCUGUUGUAUACGUGACAAGUGUCAGUCAGGUGGAUUUUUUAAAAAAAGUGUACCACAGUUAUAAUGAGAAAAAAAUAUUUAAAUAUUAUAUUUUACAUUACUAUAACAUUUAUCAUUGAUGAUUCACAAUGUAAUAAUGAUGAAAUUAAAAAAUAUCCAUUACUGAUGCCCAAUGUUCGGCCAAAUGUUCCUGAACUAUAUCUGUGUACACCAGUGAAAAUAAAUUCAUCCCAUACAUAUUAUAUCGUUGGCUAUGAACCAAAUGCAACAAUGGAGGUAGCGCAUCAUAUAUUAAUAUAUGGCUGUAAAACACCCGGUACGUCAAAAGCCGUAUGGAAUUGUGGUGAAAUGGCAGCGGCAUCAAACAAUAAUGUCGAAUUCAGUAACGUAGCAAGUCCCUGUGCUGACGGAUCGGAAAUUUUAUACGCAUGGGCACGUGAUGCACCAACAUUGAGAUUACCAGAUGGUGUAGGAUUUAAAAUUGGAAAAGAUUCUCAAAUAAAGUAUUUAGUACUACAAGUACACUAUGCCCAUAUAGAUCAUUUUAAAGAUGGAGUAACUACCGAUGAUUCAGGUAUUAUAUUACAUUAUACCUCAAAACCAUUGCACAAACUUGCUGGUGUUUAUUUACUUGGAACAAUGGGAGUUAUACCAGCAAAAAGUACUGAGUAUAUGGAAACAGCUUGUUUAUUUAUGGAGAAUAAAGUAUUACAUCCAUUUGCUUAUCGUACGCACACUCACUCACUUGGUAAAGUAGUUGCGGGUUACGUUAUCGACCGCGAUAACAACUGGAUUGAAUUGGGAAAACGUGACCCAUUAACACCCCAAAUGUUUUAUCCGAUUAAAAAUAAUGUAACUAUUACAAAAGGUGACAUACUUGCUGCAAGAUGUACUAUGUCAAAUUACCGUGAUAGAGAUACGCUUAUUGGUGCUACUAAUGAAGAUGAAAUGUGUAAUUUUUACCUAAUGUAUUAUGUUGAUAAUGAUCAAACAGUUGACAUGAAAUGGUGUUUUACCCGUGGGCCACCGAGUUUUUAUUGGAAAACGGCUAACCUUAAAAAUAUACCUGACCGUGAAGCCUCUAUGCUAUAAAUUAUUGUAUUUUAUUAUUUAUUUAUUAAUAUUUAUGCACAAAAACAAAAUAUUAGAGACUGAAUACUGGCAUUUUUUUAACAGCAAUUACAUCUAAAUUUUUUAAUGUAAAUAUCUUUAUAAUUAUAAAAAUAGUAUAUUGUGUAACAAGGGAUGAAAACGAUUUCAAACCAGAGUGAAGUUGGCUGACAUCACCCGCAGUCUGAAAUUGUGUUACAUCUUGUUACACAGUAUAUUUUUAAUGACUACCUGCAUUGGAACUUAAAAUUUUAGUGUCAGAAACAUAAUUUAAGAUCAAUGGUGUUAUCAACUAUUAGCGUAAGCGUAAAUUGUCAUUUGCAAUUUGUAAUUGAGCAGAAACUAUGAAUACUAUUUAUUAUUUACACGUGUUUUUAUAAAACUUAAUCACAGUCAAAACUAUCACUUACGUAACGAAAAUUAAUGAUCUGAAAUUACUAUUAAAAAAAAUGGCAAUAUCAGAGUUUAAACGGCGAAAGCCUUUAGUCAGUGGACAGAAGCUUUAUUUGCUUGUUCCCGAGGGACAAAACAAAUUCAUUUCUGCCCGCUGGCAACAGGGAUUCGAAAUUUACGCGUUUGCUAAUAUUUAUUAGCGGCAAUGACCUAAAAUUAUUGUGUUUCGGAUGGCUGUAGAGACACGGAAACUUGAAGUUUCGAUGCUGGUAUCAUGAAAAAGAAUUAGUCUAUUACGCACCUAGAGAGAAAAAUAGAACAUUUCAACACGGGCGUGUAAUUGCCUGCAAUUACGCAGAUUGAGACGUUCUAUCACUAUCCAAAAGUUCCCAUAGAAUCCACUAGAAUGGGUCAAAAGCCGCUUAAAAACCACUACGUCUAUAGGAUCCUAUGUCGCUUUUGAUCCAUUCUAGUGAAUUCUAUGAGAACUUUUGAAUAGGGAUCUUGCCCCGUGGUGUGUGAACUAUUUUUCACCAUAUCUCCACCUAAAAUUUUAAAUUUUUGCCUUAUUUAGAGGGAAGAAAGUCAUUCUUUACUUUAAUGUGAAAAAAAUGAUAAAAAUGUGCGUAUGCGCCAUUUUUCCCACAAAUAGAGGCAGGAAUUUAAACUUCUGGUGCAGGUGAAAAAUAGUAUACACCACGGGGCAAGAUAGGACGUUUCGAUCUGUGUUUGCAGGAAAUUACACACCCGUGUUGAAAUGUCCUAUUUUUCUCCCUAGGUGUGUAAUAUACUAUUAUUUUUUUUUUCGUAUGAAUAUUAAACAUAAUUAAUUAGCUUCUAUUGAAUGGUUCUGUGAGUAAGAAAAAGAUUAUAAAUAAUUUAAAAGAUAUUUGCAGUAAAAUAAUUAUUUUGUUUAUUUAAAAUCUGGCCCUUAAAAAAAAUGCUAACUAACGGGCUCUAAUUUUAAAAAUAUGCGUUAAUUAUAUGUGAUAAUUAAUUUAAUAACUUUUGGUAUUUAAAUUAACUAUUUUAAACAAAUGACCAAAUGUACUUAAAAUUGAGUACGUCAAUAUCAGAUUGCAAAUCAUAAGUCAAAUUUUUAAAGUUUAAUUUAAAUUAUUGUUUUAAUUUUUUUUAUGAUAAAUAUUUUAAAAAUACCUCAUAAAAAAUUUUUUUUUUUUUUUUCAUGAGUUAUAUUUAUUUUAUGCCAUAGGAAAGUAAAUAUAUAAGAUGAAGGUUACUAAUGUUGACGGAAGGAAACGAUAUGAUGGCUAAGGGCGCUCAUGGACCUUCCUUAAUUUUAAGAUAAUUUAUAAAGUAAAUGUUGGUAUUACACUAAACAAAAAAAUAUGUAGCGGUGCUACUUAGUGGUGUUAUCCAACCGGUGUUAAUGCGGAGUAAAUUAACUCCGAUUGGAAUAUGAGUGUGUGAGUAUGUGUGUUUCAAGAUCUAAAAAAACAGAAAGAGAAAUUUGUAAGACGAAAUUUUGUCUAAGGGAAAAUUGGCGCUUUCUGUAGUGACGGAUUUGAAAUAUAAUAGCAUAUAAAAAGUAACACCCACAUUUACUCUAUAAAAGCCAAACAAAAAAUCUCAGAUAAUUUACAGAUAAGCAAAGUCAGUAUUUACUGUUUAAAAAUUCUAUAUGGGAAUUCCCAUGGACUAUUAUCGACUCCUAUAGGUUCUCAUGGAUUUCAAUCUAAACUUCUAUGUAAAGAUUUCAACCUAAAACAUCUUUUCCAUGAAUUUUUAUGGGAUCCCAUAGAUUUUUAUUUAAAUCCUAUAAACUUUUAUAGAUUCUAAUCUGAACUACUAUUUGUAAAUGUCAGUAUAGUACAUUUUUCCAUGGAUUUUUAUAGAAUUCUAUAGAUUUUUAUAAAACCCUAUAAAUUCCCAUGGAUUUUAAUCUAGAUUACUAUCUGAAGAUGUCAAUAUAGGAAAUUUUUUCCAUGGAAUUUUAUAGGAUACUAUAGAUUUUUAUAAAACCCCAUAGAUUCUUAUAAAUUCUAAUGGGAUAAAUCUAAAAUUCUUAUGGAUUUUAAUCUAGAUUACUAUCCGAAGAUGUCAAUAUAGAAAAUUUUAUCCAUGGGUUUUUAUAGGAUCCUAUAGAUUUUUAUAAAACCCCAUGGAUUCCUAUACAUUCUAAUGAGAUUAAUUUAAAAUUUUUAUGGAUUUUAAUCUAGAUUACUAUUCGAAGCUGUCAAUAUAGAAAAUUUUUUCCAUAGGUUUUUAUAGGAUCCUACAGAUUUUUAUAAAACCCCAUAGAUUUUUAUAUAUUCUAAUGGGAUUAAUCUAAAAUUCUAAUGAAUUUUAAUCUAGAUUACUAUCUAAAUAUAUACAUAAAUCAUUUUUCCAUGAGUCCUUAUGACCCCAUAAAUUCUUAUGGGUUUUCGAUUGAUUGCCGGCUCAAAAAAUUUUUUCAUAGAUUUCAGUGAAUUUUUAUGAAAUUCAUGACUUUUCUUUACAGAUUUUCACAGAAAUUCAUGAAAAUUUAUGGGCUCCCAUGGGAUUUUUCAGCCGAUUUAUAGCAAUCCCCAUAACGAAUUUUUAGAUAGUGAUCUGUAAGAAUGUUUUAACUGGCAAUUUUUAAUACAAAAAUCUAUAGCAGACAUCCCGUAAAAAUGAGUAUAAUAUUCCCAUGGGUAACCAUAAUUUAUUUACCAUCUGUGUACUAUACUCAUUUUUACGAAACUAAUGACUAUUAUUUUUAUAAAAUGAUAAUAAAAAUGUUAUUUAAGUUGACAAUUUAAUAUAUUUAUAAAAAAAAAAUCCUUCCAUGUUUACUUUAAGAUUAUAAAAAAAUUUAAAAAGAUAUAUGAAAUUAUGUUGAAUAUUAUAGAAUAUAUUUUUCGUUUGAAAAAAAUAAAGAAUCAUAUCUAUCACAUGAAAGUGGUAAUGACAAUUACGAAAUAAUAAUAAUUUAAAAUUGUACUUAGAAAAUUAUCACGAAAAUCGUUAUACUAUAUGUGAAUAAGAAGAUAUAUAAAGAAAGCGGGUGAAUAUUUUUUUGUCUCAAAUAAUAAAUGAAAUAAAUGAGUUGUAUUUUUGUCUGUUCUAUCAAUCUAUAUA